AUGUGCAUUCAGCAUUCAUUCCUCGCUCAUGCAAUUGUUGCUCUUGCCAGUCUGUACGUAACGGACGAAGAUGCUAUCAAGUAUGGCUACAAAUCUAAACAGGAACUGUCAGAAUGGCAUGCAGGGAUCGCCCGGCAAGCCUCUCGUCAAUCGGUAGAUGACAUAUCAAGUAAGCUUAUCAUCCACGCAAUUACCUCGUACGCGACGCUGACUGUUCUAGUCGCAUCUAUUCAGGCUAACCUUAUCCUCACCCUACACGAAUUGUUGUCUUGGAAAAGUCUCAAGGCUUGGGUGCUCGCAGGAAUUGCGAUACGCCAUGCACAAGCUCUACGGCUAGGUUCCGAGUUCAACGAUCGACUCUCAACCCGACAGAAGGAGAUUCACCGGCGCACAUUCUGGGCUUGUUUUUUGAUGGACCGGUUGCUAUCAUAUUGCUGCUCGAGACCGCAGAUGAUCGACUUGGACACCGUCCGGAUCAAUUUACCUUGUCCCGAGAGCAGUUUUGCUUUCGAGGAGCAGUACGAUGGCCCGAGCCUCAAAAGCUUCAACCCAGCCACCAGCGAGGUUUCUCGUACCGGUAUUGCACCAUUUUUCAUCGCAUUUCUGAGUCUCUGGGGGAAAACAGGGUACUUCAUGGUCGCCCAUGGCCGCACAGCCACCAAAGAAGCACCGUCAGAUACUCAUGGAACGUUCUGGCAGCUCGAUCAGAAACUUAACGACUUCUACAACGCCCUUCCACCAAAUAUAAGGUGGUCAAAUUCAAAUUUUAAACUUUAUCGAUCAACAGGGCAGGCAAAACUAUUCGUCACAUUCCAUCUCCUGCUCAAUCACGCGAGGGUCCUUUUACACCAAGAAUAUCUUCCACAGCUAGAUAGUCCUGGUUUGGAAGAGGCCGAGGCUACGAUUCAUAACAGUGCCGAACGGGCCUUAGACUCGAACAACAGAACGAUUUCAAUCUGUGUAUCGUCAGCAGAAGGCAUUGCUGACAUAGUUUCGACGCUGUCGAGCCAUGGACUAUCCAAGCCGGUCGAACUUCAAUCUGCGUUCGGUGCAAAUGCGAUGAUUGCUGCUGCCGGUGUCCAGAUGUGGAUUCAGCAUACAGAAGGUUCCUCAGAAGAAAUGAUUGACGUUGCAAAGUACCGCAUCCAGCAAGUAUCCCACGAGAUUCGGUCGUGGCAAUCUGAAUGGCCUGUGGCAGUAGCCUGGGGUGAUACCUUGAAAUCUCUUGGUCAGCUGUACGACACUUUCUACACUCAGAGCUGCAAUCCCGCUAGCAUCUUGACCGAGAUUCCAGAUCGAGAAACUGCUGAAGCCCUUUCAAACUGCGGUGAGGUCUCCGUGCAAGCCACUGAACGCCCUUCUCAAGGUGUGUCCGAAGGCAACGGCGUUCCUCACCCGGACUCUGUAUGCCAACGUCUGUUUGACAAGAUAAGGUUUGUCAUGCUUGCCUCACUCGAAAACCCAGAUGUCAAAAAGCGGAUGCUGAAGUCGUAUCUUCGGACUUUAUGGCAACACAUGUGGCUGUAUGAAGCUGUACAAGGCGAAUACAGAGCAACGAGCUUGGAAAAUCUCUGCUGGGAUGAUGAUUGGAUGAACGCCAUCGAUAUGGAUGGCAAUUUAUAG